UGAAAUAAACGGAUUGAAAGGUUAUUGGCUCUCAUCAGCUGUCACUAUACUACUCCUGUGUGCACGCGCUGUCACAAACAUCUGCACACAUCUGCACACAUCCGCCAUCAGCAGUGAAACAGGAUAUUCAUUUAACGAAGCACCAGCCAGGUAGCUGCAUCACUGAUGUUGAUGAAAAAGAAAAGUCAUACGUGUUUAAUAUUGUCCAGCAUGGCCUCGUUAGUGCUGCUCAUGAUGGUGCUGUACGGCAGCAUCAGCAGACAGCAGGUGGGUGUCUCCAGCCUCAGACAGGACUACCAGCUGCUGGGCAGACCGCUCUACAAGCUGGACCUCACCUGGCCCAAGAACCCGGAGCUCUUCACCGGGGAAGUGUUUGGAGCCGCUGUCAACCAGUAUGCUGGUGUGGUGUAUGUGGCACAGAGAGGUGACAAUGUGCCCAAGGUGCUGGUGUUCACCACAGAUGGAGAGUUCCUCAUGGCCUGGAACACAACCACCUUGGAGAUGCCUCAUGGGAUAUUUUUAGCAGAUGCUGCCACAUCAAACCCUACGGUCUGGAUCACGGAUGUGGGGAGCGGUCCUUACGGCCACAGCAUCAAACAGUACUCUCCCUCUGGAAACCUUCUGCAGGUACUUGGUACACCAGGGAAGGCCGGCUCCUCGUUGACCCCUCUGCAGUUCGACCAGCCAGCUGAGAUCUUUGUGCAUGAGUCUGGGGAAAUGUACAUCGUGGAUGGUGACGGUGGGUUGAACAACCGCCUCAUCAAACUAUCAAAAGAUCAAGAGGUGUUGUGGAUGCACGGAGAGAAAGGGCAAGGCAUGGCUCAGUUCUACAUCCCCCACAGUGUGACCGUGGAUAACGCCCAGAGGGUGUGGGUGGCCGAUAGAGGGAACAAGAGGAUCCAGGUCUUUAACUCCAUCACUGGGGAUUGGCUGGGCACAUGGGGAAGCUGCUUCAAUGAGGAUGCACCCUAUUCUGUCCGCCUGACCCCGGACAAGAAGUAUUUCGUCGUUGUCCAGCUCAACACCAAUCAGAUUUCGCUGCUGGAUGCGCCACCGGUGGGUUUGAUUGGUCAGUGCAGAGUGGUCAGUGUCAUUCAGCUGGCUGAUGAAGUCAAGCCUCACCUGGUAGACCUGGACCUGAAGACAGGGGCUCUGUAUGUAGCUGAGAUCGGAGCCCAGCAGGCCCAGAAGUUUACCCCCUUCAGUCUGGGUGAAAAUUUCCUGUAGAGGCACAGUGGGCUGAGACUGAAAUGGCAUGAUUGAUCAGAAACACACUGUGCCAAUUAUAAGCAUUAUCAUUAUGCAUUAAGCAUAAAAUGUCCACAUGAUAAUAUUCUGUCAUUUGCAAUCUUAAUAUCCAGAACAAAAAAAUGCAAUUGGUAUAUUAUAGUAAACCUUUAUGAUUGAGUCAUAGGACAGUUAUGGUACCU